CAUCCAUCUCUGCACCGGGACACGCAUACGAAAAGAGGCUUCCGGAUAAAUAAAUACAAAACUGAAAAGGCGUCAGAACAGCGAGGAAAAAAAACACACACCGGCUGCUGCUGCUGCCCCACAUUGUGAAGGCGGUCCGUGAUAUGCAAAGAGACUCACAGCCGGCUGUCCUUCAUUACUCCAACCGGACAGCACGGCGGUGAUACUCCGGAGGUCCCGCUCGGCUGUUGAAGUGAUGCACCCCGCAGGACCGAGUCACCAGUGAAAUGAUUUGAUCUUCGCUGUGGAUACUUGCAGUCGGUGUUGUAGAUGAUAAGAGGGAGCAUGAAGUUUGCGGUCGCGGUGUUGUGGUUCUCCCUUGCUCUCGGGAAGGCUACUAUGCAAGCUGAGGAAGAUUUUGUAUCGCUGGCCGAGUUGGAGGAUUCCUUGUUGAGGAACCUUUUCAGGGGUUAUCAGAAGUGGGUCCGGCCUGUCCAUAAUGCCAACGACACCAUCACCGUGUGCUUUGGACUGAAGAUCUCACAGCUGGUGGAUGUGGACGAAAAGAACCAAGCGAUGACUACAAAUGUCUGGCUCUGGCAGGAGUGGGUAGACGUGAAGCUGAAGUGGAACCCAGAUGACUAUGGAGGUAUCACCUCCAUCAGAGUGCCCUCAGAGACUAUAUGGCUGCCUGACAUCGUCCUGUAUGAAAAUGCGGACGGUCGCUUUGAAGGUUCCCUCAUGACCAAAGCCAUCGUGCGUUGGGAUGGCACCAUAACAUGGACUCCACCGGCCAGCUACAAGUCCUCUUGCACCAUGGACGUCACCUUCUUCCCAUUUGACCGACAGAACUGCUCCAUGAAGUUCGGAUCCUGGACUUACGAUGGGAACAUGGUGGACCUGGUCCUGGUGGAUCACUAUGUGGACCGGAAAGACUUCUUUGAUAACGGCGAGUGGCAGAUCCUCAACGCCACGGGACAAAGGGGAAGCAGGAGGGAUGAGAUGUACUGGUACCCAUUUCUCACUUACUCCUUCAUCCUCAAGAGAUUGCCUCUGUUCUACACCCUCUUCCUCAUCAUCCCAUGCCUCGGCCUCUCCUUCCUGACCGUGCUGGUGUUUUAUUUGCCAUCAGACGAAGGAGAGAAACUGUCACUCUCCACAUCAGUGCUGGUGUCGCUCACUGUGUUCCUCCUGGUCAUAGAGGAAAUCAUCCCGUCUUCCUCAAAGGUGAUCCCACUGAUCGGUGAAUACCUGCUGUUCAUCAUGAUCUUCGUCACUUUUUCCAUCAUCGUCACCGUCUUUGUCAUCAACGUCCACCACCGUUCUUCAACUACUUACCACCCCAUGGCCCCCUGGGUAAAGAGCCUCUUUCUUCAGAGAUUGCCUAGACUGCUGUGUAUGAGGGGGCACACUGACAGAUACCACUUUCCAGAUAUGGAGAUGCAUAGCCCGGAGCCGAAGCCCCGCAAAGGUGCGGGGAAGAAGGGGGCUCCCGGCCAGCAGAGGGGCCCCCCCGCCGCGAAGGAGGACGACAACCAAGCCUGGCUGGCCAUGCUGGAGAAAGCCACAAAUUCAGUACGCUACAUCAGCCGUCACAUCAAAAAGGAGCACUUCAUACGAGAGGUUGUUCAAGACUGGAAGUUUGUGGCUCAGGUGUUGGACAGGAUUUUCCUGUGGGCCUUCCUUACAGUGGCAAUACUAGGAACUGUCCUAAUCUUCACCCCCGCUCUGCAGAUGUACUACAGCACACCAUGAUAAACAUACACAACCUGAAAACCCUCCUACUGCUCGUUCUUUUUCCAAUUUGUCUUGUCUGUAUUUUAUUGAUGCAACUCAAUAAAACAUUCACACUGUAUAUUUUUCUUUUUGUAGAAACAAGCUCGAGCUGCACACGUUGACCUCCCUGCAGUGCGUUUUGCAGCCUGUAAUGACUACUGCAGACUGUUGUUAUCUAAAUGUAACUUGUCAAUUAAUGUAAGGUGCAUGCACAGAGUGCAGAGGAACGAAAGCAAUAAGCAGGUUAAAGUAGCGUGUAUAAUUUAAAUAUCCAUGUUUGUAUAACUGUGACAUUGUAAUCAUACAUGCAACAACAUGCACAAUAUCACUUCAUUAAUAAUGCAUUGUUUUUUUGUGUUACAUUUACCAUGUUGUUCUACCAGCUGUGAGUGCUGUUUAGACGAU